CGGGGACGGGGACGGGGACGGGGACGGCGACCGACCUGCAGUCGAAGGAGGAAGUCAGUCGUUUCGCCGAUUAAAAAGAAGCAAAUCGGCAGGAAAAGUGACAAAAGCGCUGCCAUUUCGAUGAUCCGAGUUAUUUCGUUGCUUGACAAAAGCCAAAAGCGGAGACAUGCUCGCCUUGGAAAUGUCUUGCGCUUGUUUGCCCAACUUGCUCCGACGAAAUCCCGGCUGUCAUUACGCCGCAGUGACACGCGCGCACUCACGCGGACUUGGAAAGCGACACGUCGAAGCAGAAGCAGAAGCAGAAGCAAAAUAGGAGGCGAGCGCAUUUCGAUUUGAAGGAGAGCAAGUUGACAUCUCUUCCGUAUUCAAUCACGUUGGGAAAUCUAUUCCGCCAAUAUGUACUUUCUUUACUUAGUAGGUUUUGAAUGAAAGCGAAACCUUUCAAUUAUGAUCGUUCUCGCUGUAUUUUGAUCAGUGUCAUUUUCUGCCAUCGGGCUACGUUGUAUUUGUCGCUUUUCUUUUCUCUAUUAAAAUGUUGUAUUUCGAACGAGCGGCUGUUUUUUGUUCAAAGCUGAUGAAAUACGAUUGGACAUCACACGCGACAUCUUUGCCAUCGCAAUGAAUUCCAAACCUAGGCAAAUACUAAAAACAACAAUCAAUCAAAAGGCAUUUGGAUGAAUUAUAAUAAACGCCUGUGUAUUUUUCAACAUUUUGUAAAAAUAAUUCGGCUCCAUAAAAAUCCCGCAAAUCUAUCCACGUGCGUCUUUUUGUUCAAAUCCGCAUUCAUUUGAAUGAAAAGCGCGUAUUCGUGUUUCCCAAAAAAGGCCGCAAUUUUCCGCGAAGGCUGCAAAAGGUGGAAAAUGUGAACGCGGCAGCCGAGAAAAUCAUUUCAAAGGAUGUUUUCGCCACAACUCGCCUGCUAAGCGGCCUUCGAUGCCAAAUGAACGAAGCGGGCCCGAGAAACCUGUCGGGUCUCCCCGGGGCUCCAAAUUCUCCUUUUUUGGACUUCGCCGGAAGUUUCGCAUUCGAACGCUCCCAGUCGGCAGAACGCGGCGCUUUGAUCCCGAAUAGAAUAGAAUAGAAUAGAAUAGAUCAUAUAGGAUGCCGUCAAGUGGUUUGAACGCACGAGUUGCCUCUAAUGCGCGUGCACGCCGCAUCUGCGCGGUCUCGGCUGGAGGUUCGGACUUUCGUUUCGGGGCCAUUGCAGUGGGACGAACAGACGCGAAACAUCGUUCCAAAGACAAGAGCAGCGAGAAGACGUCGGAAUGGCAGAAGACGAGCAAAUACGAUGGCAAGCUAUACGGCCGCUACGGCUCGGCGUCGGGUGUCGACCCCGCCUCGCUGUGGCCCAGCCACGCACAGCUGGACGACGUCGUCGCGGAGGAAAAUGAGUGGCGCCCUCCGCUAGACGUCAUGUUGAACAAUAUCGCGGCCAAGCAAAAGGAAGAAACCCAAAAACGCGUGGCAAAGGAGAAGCUCAUCGCAGAAAACAUGGCCAAAAUGCCCAAGAUGAUCGCCGACUGGCGCAGAGAGAAGCGUGAAAGUAAACAGAAGUUAAAAGAGGAGAAGGCGCGGCGCGAUAAGUUGCUGGCUGAGGCCAAAGAGCGUUUUGGCUACACAGUGGACCCCCGCAGCCCCAAGUUCUUGGAAAUGGUUGCUGAAAUUGAAAAAGAAGAGAAGAAAAAGAGGAAACUAAUGAAACGCAGACUGAGAGAAGAACAGUUGGCAAUCCCUGUCACGCCUCCUGUUUCCUCCUCAUAAACUUGGACUUGAUUAACUAAUAAAUGUUAGUCUGUAUACUUAAUGAGCCCACUUAAGUGCUCAUUUUGUUUUCUAAUACCAUCUGGAAUUACACGAGCUCAAUUUUCUUAACUGAGAAUGAGUUACUUUCCACAAUGGAGUCUCAUUCCUUAACUGUCAUUGAAAUAAAUAUUUCUGUACAGAC